CAUUGGGCCAAUCUGGCAACGCUGCCAAUAACUUGCAAAAAGAAAAGAGCGUAUAAAUACGCGUUUAAAUAAAUUCAAUCAAAUUCAAAUAAAGUUAAUGCAAUGCCGCUUCGUAACUGCCGCACCUGCGGCAAGUUCAUCUUCUCUGCGACGCCCAAGAAUCUCUUCCAGGAGCCCGAUUCGGUAACGCUGCACCAGAUCGAGGCUUUGACUGGAUUGUUUCUACUAGAGGGAUCGGGGCAGGCGCUUCCCGUCCUUAUCUGCGCGCUCUGCGAAAAGGAGCUGGAGGAAGCCAUAUCCUUCCGGGAGCGGGUGAUCCUCACCCAGAAAGCACUGCAGAGCAAUCCCAGCAAUGAGGCGGUCAUGGAUUUCAACGAGUCCAUCGCUGAAGAUUUUGUGGAAGAGGUCACCGAAGUUGAGGUUAUAGACAUGCUGCUGGAGGAGCAGCAGCUGCCAGAGAAGCAAGCGGAAGAGGAAGUUGUUCAGGAAAAGGAGCAGCCCCCGCCGCAGGAGCAUCAUAAAAACCCACCCAAGGGCACGCCUCUUGCUUGCACCUCCGUAAAGUUUGCGGACAACAGCCAGGACAAUAAUCACAGACCGCGUACCCAGUGGGACAGACUCACCGAAGAAGAGGUGGUGGCUCUGAAACGGGAGCGCCGCAGGAGGGAGUGCAUCUGCGAGCAAUGCGGCCGGCACUUCUCCUGCCCCAGCAACUUCAAACUGCACCUGCUGCGCCACACCGGCGUGAAGGGGUUCGCCUGCGACCAGUGUCCCCAUAGGUUCUACACCGCCACACUGCUGCGCCGCCACCAGGAGGUGCACUUGGGCACUGCACCAUACCAGUGCCGCUACUGCGAGGUGUCCUUCAACAACGCCACCGGACGGGUCCAGCACGAGCGCAGUCGCCAUACGCAUGUCAAGCCAUUCAAGUGCAAGGAGUGCGAUAAGAGCUUCGCCAUGAGCGGCAAACUGCGGAUGCACAUGCUCAGUCACACCGGAGUGCGAGCGUUUCAUUGCGAGUCCUGCAAAGUCUCCUUCGUCCGCCGCUCCCAUUUAGUAACCCAUUACCGCUCCAAGGGUCACGCCCAAGUUGCGGGCACCCAGGAGGCGGUGGAAAAGACCCUGGAACUUGACGUGGAGACAGUGCUAGAGGGUGAUACCUAAAUUGGAAUACGAAUUUCUAACCGAAAUAUGUUAAACUACGAAUGUCCCUUCUAAGGAAAAGUUUGAGGAAGGCACCUGUUCCAACUGCCAAGAUCUCAGGUUAACGAGAUCGCAAUGAAGUCUCUCUGCGUGAGUCUGGGCAAUACACAACAUUAGUGUUGGCAGCCUGAUUAUGCUCAUCAGCCUGAUGAGCUCUUAUUUAUUUUAAAAUAAGUUCAACUAGGAUUAAGAUGAUUUGAUGUUAAUGCAGAAAUUGAAUCUGCAAAAAUUGGCUGUGUUGUAGAAUGUUGAUACAUGUUUUUAUAAAUGUUUUGAAUAAGGAAUUUUAAAACCAUUUUGUAUAUA